ACUUUGGUGAUCCUGUACAACUGCUCAUUACUGCACCCAUACAAACUAUUAAUGAACUUGAGCUGAUUUUAUUUUCCAAAAAUAUGAACAUAACACAUGGGUACACUCAGUUCUGAACUCAACCACUAGCACCUUAAUACGAAUAAUGGAUCAGAGAUAGUGAGUACUCCGUGUGCUCGGUCUCAUACUUCCCAUUGUUGCUAUCAUGGUUUAAAUUUUGCGGAGUAUGCACAAGUGCCAGUCUUCACCAGCAAUAUUUUGUUAGUCCUGAGUGUAGCAAUGUAUGCAGGAUAUGCUUCCCGCUAAAGCACCAGCAGCAGCUAAGAAGAUUGAAGAAUCCAAUAAGCCAUCUACUGAAGUGAAGAAUUCUGCGGUUGCUACUGCACAAAAGAAAAACCAGGAAUUGGACGGCUUUGAUAGUGAUUCUGAUGAUUCAUCAGAUGAGGAUAUGGCCACUAAAAGACCAGUAGCCAAGAAAGUGGUAGAAUCCAGUGAAAGUUCUGAUUCUGACUCUGAGGAGGACACCACUGCUAAACCAGUUCAAUCUUCCAAGGCUGUUGCUGUUAUAAAGAAUCUAGUGAUAGCUCAGAUUCUGAAGAAGAUACCACUGCUAACACAGUUUCUGUAAAGAAAGAAGAAUCUAGUGGUAGCUCAGAUAAUGACUCGGAUUCAGAUUCUGAUGAACCAGCAAAAUGUACUAUUCCUUCUAAGAGGCCUCUGACAACAGAGAAAAAGAGUGAAUAUGUAUGCAUUAUUUUUUA